AUGUCGCGAUCAUUAAACGUCCUCUCGAAGCCUUUGGCCAUCCACUCCACCAGUCCCAUGACGGGCUACCUCAGAAACGGUUAUUGUGAAGUUCCCGCAUCCGACGCUGGAAACCACAGCAUCGCCGCAGAAGUGUCGGACGAAUUCCUCAAAUUCUCAGCCGAGCGUGGAAACGACCUUCGCCAGAUCGGACUCAAGGGCGGCUGCAAGUGGUGUCUUUGCGUGUCUCGUUGGAAGGAGGCAUUUGAUGCGAGAGGAAAGGAGGGCGACAAGAUUGUGCCCAAGUAUGCAGAACUCGACCUCAACUACCGUGGUACUUGUGCUAAUCGCAGGCAGNNGAUCUUCCUCAACGCCACGAACGAGAAGGCACUGGACAAGGUGUCGCUGGACGACCUCAAGAAAUUCGCCGUUGACAAGGAGUAA